AUGGCCUCAGCAGGGGCCGAGAGGCGGCCCGGGGCCCAGGAGGGGACAGCCAUGGGGCUGACACUGCUCGCAGAGGCGCCCAGUGGCCGUGUUCAGAGCUCCGAGUGCCCAGUGACAGGAGACCAAUGUCUCAUGCCAGCCCUUGAAGCCUGCCAGACCCAGGGUGAAGACAAGUGUCCAACAGGACCAGCCUCAGAACCAGUGCUCCAGGAGGAGAAGCUCAAGCUGGAGGAGGAGAGGCUCAAGCCAGAGGUGGAAGCCCUAGAGGAGAGAGGCCCCAGACCCCUAGCUUCCAUUGUGAGGCCCAGUCAUGGUCUGAAGAGGAAGCCGGUCAAGUCCCCUAGCCUUCCAGGGGCUAGUCACCAUGCCCAUCCUAGGGCUGAAGCUGAGCUGCCACUGGGGCUGCCGCUGCAGAAGGAAGAACCGGAGGGUAGGGAGCCCUCACCAUCUACCAGACAGCACAAAAAAGCCAAGAAGCGCAAAAGUCUGGGGGCCCCAGCAUUCCCAGCUGCAGUCAGCACAGUGUGUGCCCCCUCAGAGACCUUGGGGCUCGAGCGAAAGGCUCAGCGCCUGCGACCCCUAUACCAGUACAUCAACUAUUGCAACCCUGAGCUGAACCAGGCAGGGGAAGCGGACAGGGAGGCUGAGGCCAAGAUGGAGCCUGAGUCGGUGCUGGCCCUGGUCCUCGAAGAGGCAGGUGUGGAGCAACUGCAGGCCUCGCUGCCCAUGGGAGGUGAACUGGGCUCAGGCCUCGCUUUGCCGUGCCCCAAAAUGUUAGUGCCUCCCACCCGCAUUCUGGAUCCCCUGGCAGAAGAGGCUGGAGAGGAGCCUGGGGGUCUGCCUAGCUUGGCGGUCAGCAGCCAGCUGAAGGCUGAGGUGGAUAAAUCAACCCAGGUGGACAUUGACAAGAUGCUGAGUGUCUGUGCUGCCCCACUUGUGCCCCCGCUGUCUCCUCAGUACAAGUAACUGUCCUGCCCCACUGGUGGCUCCCCUCUCC